CCCCUUCCGCCUCCUUCUUCUUCUUCUUCUUCUUCUUCUUUUGCUUCUCUUAUUCGAAAUUUGUAGCCCUAAUUCUCACCUUUUUUAUGAGAUCGGCGAGAUGAUGAUGAUGAAAGCGAAGCAGGAGCCGGAGACGGUGUCUGGAAUCUCUCCGUUCUCAGUGGACGGGAUCUUUGACGUCGGCCAUGGAGGUGGAGAGGCGGAGAAGAACUCGUCUUACGGGUUCCUUGAGCUGCUUGGCUUCCAAGACUACAGCCCGUCUUUACUCGAUCUUUCCCCGCAGAUGGAGCCACCCCUGGAGUCAUCAUCAGUGACCGUGAACACGCCGGCGACACCGAACUCAUCCUCCAUCUCAUCGUCCUCCACUGAUGCGGAUCCGCUGAAGCCCCUCGCCACCACCGCCGCCGCCGCUGAGGAUGAGCAGGAGAAAACCAACAAGAAGCUGGAAAAUGAAGCGAAGAAGAAGGGGCAAAAGCGUCAAAGAGAACCGCGUUUCGCGUUCAUGACGAAGAGCGAGGUGGAUCAUUUGGAAGACGGUUAUAGAUGGCGUAAGUACGGCCAGAAGGCCGUGAAGAAUAGCCCUUACCCAAGGAGCUACUACCGGUGCACGAGCGCGGCGUGUGGGGUGAAGAAGCGUGUGGAGAGAUCAUCGGAGGAUCCGACGGUGGUGGUUACGACGUACGAAGGACAGCACACGCAUCCGAGCCCUGUGGUGACACGUGGCGCACAUCCGAGUCAGUCUCCUUUAGGAUUCUCUGCUCCGCCGGUGCACGUUAACGAGCUGCACCUCCCUUACAUCAACGGCUUCCUCCCGAUGGAUCUCCGCCAGAGAUUCUCCGAUCAGACGGCUAGGAAUGCUCCGAUCAUGGACUAUGGUGGCUUACUGCAAGACGUGAUCCCUCGGAUGAACGAGUAGAGAGAGAGAGAGAGAGUGUGUGUGACCAGUGGUACGUUCGUCAUUUCGCCUAUCGCUUCUAAAUCGUUUAAUUUCUUUAUUUUUGGAGUUUUAAUUAGGUAAUUACUGACUAGGAGGACAGCCGAUCACGGCCGUCCAUUUGAUGUACAAAUAGCGACGAACCUCUCUGAUCAUCAUCAUGAUGUACUACUACAACUUGUUGUAUUAAUUAAAUAUUAAUCUAAAUCAUAUGUUUGUGUUUAAAUGAU